AUGACGCGUGGGCCAACGCUUUUCGGCGUGCCUUUGAAGCAUAUUUCCCUAAUAACGCUGACAUUCCAAAAUUCGGCCGUUACCCUGCUCGCGCACUAUUCACGGAGAAUGCCCCCGAGUGGUGACCACCGAUAUUUUCCAUCCACCGCUGUAUUCCUCACCGAGCUCUUCAAGCUUGCUAUCUCUCUGACCUUUGCCAUUUACGAAGUUUCCAGAACCCUUGCUCCUUCUACCCCAGCGACAGUCCUAUUCCAACAGAUCUACAAUGCUGUGUUCAAGGGGGACGGGUGGAAGCUGGCAAUUCCAGCGAUGCUCUAUACUUUGCAAAAUACUUUGCAAUACAGGGCUGUAGAGAACCUAGAUCCAGUUCACUACCAAGUUAUCUUGCAGCUUAAGAUACUCACGACAGCCAUCUUCACUGUGACCAUAUUGGGCCGGUCCCUGUCAGUGAGAAAAUGGAUCUCACUAGUUAUUUUGACGGCUGGGGUGUCUAUCGUUUCAGUACCUUCAUCAGACUCGAAAGACAGCUCUUUCUUCAUUAACGAUAUGACGGACCACUUUUUCCCCCGAUCAGUACAUGAAUUAGGGCAAGCAGUUAAUGAUCUCCGCGAAGUGGCCAUGGAAUUAACAAGACGCGGCACGGAUUCGUUAGCCGAUGCUGGCGAGCUGCUAGUAAAGCGAUCAGCUACGUAUGAAGGAAUCGAUGAAGAUCAAAAUAACCCACCUAUUAUGAACUAUUCAGUUGGCCUUUUCGCUGUCUUGGCUGUUGCCGCACUAUCAGGUUUAACAGGGGUCUUCUUCGAAAAGGUUCUCAAAGAUCCUCAUACGACUGCAUCUGUAUGGAUUCGCAAUAUUCAGCUCUCUUUCUACUCCAUAAUUCCUGCCUUCUUCAUCGGCGUCGUAUUCAAGGACGGCGAGGAGAUCGCAAAGCAUGGCUUCUUCGAUGGUUAUAACUGGGUAGUUUGGGCUUUGAUCGUCCUUCAAGCGAUGGGUGGCGUAUUGGCUUCAUUGUGUAUCCAUUACGCCGACAAUAUCGCGAAGAACUUUGCAACGAGCAUAAGCAUCAUCAUCAGUUUCCUAUUCACAGUAUUGUUUUUUACUUGCGAGAUUACAUUUACAUUUGUCCUAGGCACUGGAUUUGUCCUUUUUGCCACCUACCUCUACACGAGCCCUGACCGCAAGCGACGGCGCCCGCCACCGAUCAACAUCGCUAGCUACGAAAAGACUACAAUUGACCCUAUGCUUACGCCUCAGUCAAAUGGUAGGCUUUCUGUGCCAAAUCCAAUAGACAGUGUCAAGAGUCUGGGUCUCUCAACGUCGCGACCUUCUUCGCCGCUGCGCUAUCACAGUCGUGGGCCUUCAGGUAGAGAUAAGGGGCGAGAUGAUUGA